AGCGAUUUCACUGAAAAGUUUUCAAACUUUGGCAAAAUGCUACGCAUCAUAGCGUACAUGUACAGAUUCAAAUAUAAUUGUCGAAAUGCAAACAAACACGUUGGUCCAUUAAGCAUCUCAGAAUUAAGAUUAGCGUUGAUUUUCUUAUGUAAAAAGGUACAAUCAGAAAUGUUCAAUAAACAAAUUUCAUUGCUCAUUAAGGGCACACUCACACCAAAAGAUAAACUAAUCAAAUUAAAUCCAUUUAUUGACCAGGAUAAUCUUAUCAGAGUUGGAGGUCGUCUAUCCAACUCUAACUAUGAUUAUGAUACAAAACAUCCUAUCUUGCUACAUGCAUCUCACUAUAUAACUAAAACAUUAGUUCGAUACUAUCACAUUGUAUACUUACAUGCAGGACCCCAAUUGCUAUUAUCUACGUUACGUCAUAAGUUCUGGAUAAUAAGCGGUCGCAACCUUUGCCGGAAGACAACACAUGAGUGCUUAACUUGUCUUCGUUUCUCAGGUCGUACAUACCAGCCUAUCAUGAGCCCUCUUCCUGCGCAGAGGUUGCACGCUGAUCACCCUUUCACACACACAGCCACAGAUUAUGCCGGUCCUAUCCUGAUAUCGAACAGAAAAGGUCGUGGCGCUAUACUAAUAAAGGCGUACAUAGUUGUGUUUGUAUGCCUGGCAGUGAGAGCAGUACACCUCGAGCUCGUCACCGAUCUGACGUCUCAAGGUUUCAUUGCCGCUUUAAAUCGAUUUAUUGCCCGCAGAGAGCUCCAGUCCCGCAGCAAGUGGCGCACUCAGGGUGCGCAUCCACAGCUGGGCGAGAUGGUCGUCGUCAAGGAUGACCGCCUCCCACCAAACCGAUGGCUGCUCGGACGAGUCACAGCCGUCCACCCGGGCAGCGACGGCGUCAACCGCGUCGCUGACGUCCUCACCACUACGGGGACCCUGCGCAGGGCCUACAAUCGCCUCUGCCCACUUCCAUCGACGUUGGAUCAGGCAGCUCCUGACCCAAGGGGGGCAGCCUGUUAACGCACCUUCCAUGUGUGCGUGAGCGCCGCCGCGCACACAUCGACACGACACCCGCGGGCCCGCGGCCGGCGACAGCCCGCCCCGCCAUCACUCACCGAUCGUACUCGACGCCGA